UUGUCGGCCGCUAUAUAAAACGCAGUAUUUUAGAUAUUAUCUUUUGAAAAAUCUUUUAUUGAAUAAAUGUGUAUUAAACAUUUAAAAAUUGUUGCGUUGUUUUGAUUUGUCCACUAACGACACCUAUCGAAAAUAUUCAAAUUGAUUGAAUAUGUUUAAUUCAAGGCAUUUGCGAUAUCGUUUCCAUGACUACCGUAAACUACAACAAUAGUUUACCACGUCGGCUUUUGAUUAGUGGAGUCUUUAUUUUAUUUUUUCAAAUAAAAAUCAAAAUAAACAAAAUGAUUGAGAAAAAUAAUUUAAUAAAAUUCAAUGUGUCGAAAAAUGAAAUUUUUCAAUUGAACGAAAACUAUAAAACAAUUCAUCGUAAAUUGAAACUGCAGUACAGCGUUGAAGUAAAUCAUAGCGAGAUCAGCCCCGAAGUAUUCAAUCAGGUGAAAUUGUUUGUACUGGCUGGAACACAUGACAAAUUCACAGAGGAUGAAUUUAAACAUUUAAAGGAAUACAUUGAUAAUGGUGGCGCCGUAAUGAUUUUGCUUGGUGAGGGCGGUGAAGCCGAAUUUAAUACUAAUUUGAAUUUUUUACUUGAAGAUUAUGGAAUGAGUGUUAACAAUGAUUCAACGGUAAGAGCUCACUACUGCAAGUAUUUCCAUCCGAAAGAAAGUAUGGUCUCCGGCGGAGUUGUUUGCUCUGCAAUGUGCCGUGCGAUAUUGGAUCAAAAUAUUACAACCAUUCCGUAUGAAUUCACCGAUGAAAAAUUGAAAAUUCAAUUUGUGUAUCCAUACGGAGCGACGCUUAAUGUUCGAGCGCCUGCUAAUAUACUCAUGACCACAGGGUCCGCCGUUUACCCUUUCAAUCGACCAAUAGCCGGAUACCACUGCAACGACAAAAAUGGCAAAAUAUUGGCCAUCGGAUCGGGAUAUAUGUUUGAGGACAAGUACAUUAGUGAAGAAACAAACAUGGCGAUUUGGGAAUAUCUGAUCAAACUCAUGAUUGAUCCGAAUCACAAAUUUUCUUCGUAUGAUUUUGCUGAUAUCGAUCUAAGUGAUAAUACAUUGAUACCGGAUACAGUUUUUAUGGCUGAACAACCAAAAAUCUGUUUGCCCGAAUCCAUUGAUUUCGAUCUACCUGCAGAUUUUAAAGAUAUGUUUGAUAUGAGACUGCAUUCCAUCAACAAUGACCUGUUGCCAGAAGUGAUUUCAUGCUAUGAACAACUGAAUAUUAAAUACGAGCCAUUGAAACUGAUAAAACCGCAAUUUGAGAUUCCAUUGCCACAGUUGCAAUUGGCGGUAUUUCCACCGAUUUUCAGUGAACUACCACCACCGCCAUUGGAAUUGUAUGACUUAGACGAAGCAUUCAGUUCGGAUCGUCUUCAAUUAACCCAGUUUACAAAUAAAUGCAUGUCAGUUGCUGAAAAAAACAAGGCGCCAGUUGACGAAAAGGAAUUGGAGUAUUUUGUUCUUGAAUGUGGCCAAAUUUUGAAAGUGGUCAACGAAAAUCAAAAACUGACCGCUAAAGAAGUUCUUAACGUUAUGUGCACACAAAUUGCACAAUACAAAAAAUUAGAUCGCGAUGACUAAGCGUAU